CAUUCCAGUGACAAAACUGUACAAGACAUCCAGACUCGACUACACGUUGAGGAAAUUCAGCGUCACCAUGGACAAAAUGGGACCGUAGUCAACGCUUUCGCGUAGUUGUGUUUUUGUGAGAACUAAAAUGACAUUUUACUGAGGUUACAUGCUUUAACGACGAGUUUAUCAACCACUGAAUGAUCUGGCAGUGAGUAGGAACGUGCUGGUGAUGUUGGCGAUGACGUGAUGCAAGCGGUCGGUCGGAGAGACAUGCAGGUAUAUUGCCAUUGCCAUGAUACAGCUGUACAGAGAGAGGUUUGCAGCCAGCCGUGAAAGGAUGACUCUUAUACCUGUACACACUCGCCGGUCUGCAGCUCACAUGGACGGACGGACGGCGGGAUUAUCGUAAUUUAGUAAAUCUGACACGCCAGGCAUGGCUAAAUCUCUGCGGCACGCUUGGCUGGCGCACACUGUAAUUGGAUUACAAGAAGACACCAGAUUUGAUUGUCCAAUAACAAGCUAAUGACUUGUUUUCUAAAACUCUGAAAACAAAAAAUUAUCCCAUUUGUUGGGUGCUUGGAGUAGGGGAGCAAUCAUGGGGGCCAGGGUGUGGAGCAUUGGUGGGACCGUCAGUCGGAGAAACAGUGGCUUGAGAUUCGCUGUACUUGGAGGCAUGCUAGCCCUAGGAUGCAUUAUUGUAUUUAUUCGAUCAAACCAGUUCAGUGUGGACGAGCAAAACAAAAUGCUAUUGCACAGGAAACUGUUAUCAACCGAUGAUGACCAACAGGAGAAUCUACAUGUAUGGGAUACGCCAGAAAGUUGGAAAACUCGAUAUUUGCUGAUGGCGAAUCAAACCGACAAUGUGACUGCUUUUCCACCCACGACACCCAGACCAAAGAGAGGGAUAUAUCCACCUGAUGCCUUCACCCCUGAACAGCGAAGAAAGGGUGCUGUCAUACUCCACUGUCUAGGCAUGGUGUACAUGUUUGUUGCCCUAGCCAUUGUGUGUGAUGAGUUUUUCGUCCCCUCACUUGGGGUCAUCAUCGACAGAUUCCAAAUCUCGGACGACGUAGCCGGCGCUACCUUUAUGGCGGCCGGCGGGAGCGCGCCGGAACUCUUCACCAGUCUCUUUGGUGUUUUCCUGGCCGAGAGCGAUGUCGGCAUCGGAACCAUAGUAGGCUCGGCCGUCUUCAACAUUCUAUUCGUUAUUGGAAUGUGUGCCAUGUUUAGUAGAACCCUUCUGAAACUCACGUGGUGGCCUUUGUUUCGGGACGUUGUCUUCUACAGUAUCAGCCUGAUUCUUUUAUUGGUGUUUUUCCGAGAUAACAUGAUUGAAUGGUACGAGUCACUACUGUUGCUGUCCAUGUAUUUCUUUUAUGUACUUUUUAUGAAGUUCAAUGUGCCAGUGGAACGAUUUGUAAAGUCAAGACUGAGCAGGACGAUCAAAACAAUCAGUGUAGCUGAACCGGCCAAGGGUUUACCAGUUGGGCGGAAUCGACGUCACAGUGUGCCGCACUUUCGCAACACCAACAUGUUUCGGCACGGUGCAUUGCAACUAAUGCUGCACACCAUUGACCCACUAAGUGAAACUGUCGUACAUGAAAAAGCAGUACAGAUGCGAGCCAUGGCCAAACCGGAAAACGGCAUCCAGAGCCCGAGCAGGGAGGCCAACGCAACCGCCAAUGCCAAUGGAACGGCCAAUGGUCACCGGCCCCAAACAGGCCAGGGCUCCCCCGAGGCCCCAACCCAUGUCUCCUUCACCCAACCUGAUCUGGCCCACCACCAGCAGCAAGGAGACGGGGACCACACCUCCUCCUCCAGGGAAUGCAUCAUCAGCGCCGAGCAUCUCUCUGAUGACGUGGAGAGCAACCGGGGCCACAUCCGCACCAUCUCCCAUCCCAACAUCCCUGAGGAGGCUGUGACAGAUUCCUCCCCUGGAGCCCACAGCGACCAGAGGACCGUCUCUCUUGACAUGCAGACGCAGUCCACGCUGGUGGAUGAUGCCAGCCAGUCUCCGUCACAGGAAAUGCCUGAGGAGGAGGUGGAGGAACCGUUGGACAUGAGCUGGCCCCCUACGCUACGGAAGCGAAUCACUUACAUCUUGUUGGCUCCGCUGAUCUUUCCAAUGUGGCUGAUGUUACCGGAUGUGAGGAGAGAGGAAAAGAGGAAAUAUUACCCGGCGACUUUUCUAGGCAGUAUCUUGUGGAUUGCACUCUUCUCCUACCUCAUGCUGUGGUGGGCAACAGUCUUUGGGCAGACCAUUGGAUUCAGUGAUGAGGUGAUGGGACUUACAUUCCUUGCAGCGGGUACCAGUAUACCAGACCUUAUCACCAGUGUCAUAGUUGCUAGGAAGGGGCUUGGUGACAUGGCAGUCUCCAGCUCGGUGGGGAGCAAUAUAUUCGACGUCACCGUUGGGUUGCCGCUACCAUGGUUAAUCUGGUCCAUCACCCAGCUAGGCUUAGCGGUCACCGUGGAGUCCAAGGGCCUGUUCUGCUCCAUCUUGCUCCUGUUCGGCAUGCUGAUCCUGGUCAUCGUCGCCAUAGCGCUCUCCCGCUGGCAAAUGACUAAAGUCCUGGGGUCGGCCAUGUUUGUUCUGUACUUCAUCUUCAUCACCGUCAGCUUGCUGAUGGAGAACAAAAUUAUCCCAUGCCUGCUUACUCAGUAGCUGUUUGUAACGUUUUAUGUGCGCUUGUGUUUUACAUAAGAUACAAAAUUUUAAAAAGGGCCAACUUUUUUUUGUGCUGCAACAAUGCCAUUUUAAGGGUUGCAAACUGGCAUGUAUCUGGAGUUAUUGACAUGAGAUCCCAUGUUGCUACCGGUAGUUUGCUGUGAUUAAAAAAUUACAUAGUCUUUGAUUUUAAGAUUUAUUUAAGUAUAAAGGUUGUUUAAGUGCUUCAAUAAAUGUGAUGUCAUUUCAACCCAGAAAAUGGCAUUUCCUUAACCCUCAUUUCCAAAUCGAAAAUGGCCUAUUACAAAUAGAUUUUGCCCUUCAAGGUGUUAUUUUUUAAAGCUCAGUGAUGUUCGGGAGACGGCAAGAAAGCAACAUUCACAAGCUUGCUCGAGUGGGAUUGGAACCCAUGACCUCCUGCUUACUAGUGCAGAUGUCUGAGGUCGGUGAAGGGCAAAACCCAAUGCUUGAAAGUUUCAUCUCCCAUUCAAAUGAAUUGUAUUAAGAGGAGUUGCAGAAAAGGUAAAGAGUUCAAACGAAGCCAUCGGGAGAACACUAUUAGAAACCGUAGAUGUACACCAUAAACAAUAGCUAAUGCGGAACUUGACAGAGGUUUGCACCCCACUUUUACAACAUGGACAACUUUACAUGGUUGGUUCAGGUUCCAGUGAGUGAGCUUCUUUUCUGUUAAUGCGUGAAGAUUUUACUUUGAAAUAAGAUGAUUUUGCAAAGACUAUGGUCAAUUGCUUUGGGAGAAAGUAGAGAGUGUUGUCCGCAUUUGUCACUUUUCAGUAUUUAGACAUUUGAUUAACAAUCAUUUGUGAAUGGCGAGUUUCUGUAUCCUUGGGUUUUCUUUGUGAUUGUCUUGGAAAUUUGGGGAAAGUUGGAGGGUGAUGGAUGUUCAUGUCGGUGGGAAAAAAAAUUCCCCAGCUUCCCAAGCCUGCAAAAGCUUAUGCAGAGAUCUUAAGUUACUAGACAAUAUGCAGUCGCAGUGCGCACAAUGCAUGCACAAUUCACAUAGUUCAAUAACCAGCCUCACGCGGCAAACCACACACUGAGUACACUAGUUAUUGCGCGUUCAGCAUGACGAGAACGGCGUUCCAUGUGUUCAGCCGUCAAUGACGCAAACGAUCCCUAUCAGGAAUCAUGUUACGGUGAUAUGCAUUCAUUCCGCUUCCUCUCAGCGAUAAUUUCAUUUCGCACAUAUCUAGAAGUGUCGUCCCCCAAGGGUAUGCUCCAGGGUGGUAACGACAUUUUUUUGCUCACACGCACAUGAAUAUUGAAAGUUAUGUCCAAGCGAAUGUCAUGCCUCAUUGUGUCGCAGUGGGAGCGAGAAUGGAUGGUCGGUGUCAGUGGAAAGGGUGUUUAAUGAAAUCUUACUCUAGAAUAACAUUUCUGUGGUCUUUCAGAAGCUAGAAAAUACGUGCAAACAAUGGUUGAUGUGAUAUUGAAUUGUGAAGGAAGGAGGACUGUAUAGUAUGUUUUGAUUAUGAAUGCAACAAAUGUUGGGAUCUCUCCAAAAAUUCUUUCAGUUGAUAUUCUUUAGUAACACAGAGGUCGCCGCUGAGGUGGGUAUUUCUUACACAGUUCAAUUUGAUACUGCUGUACAGUGCAUGAGCAUAUAGAACAAACUGGAAGUACAUCGUGUGGAAAUUGUUGUGUUUGCUGUUUCUUAUUCAACGUGCAAUAAAGCCCUGUACAUGUACAUAUAAAAUAUAAAGUAUAAUUUUGGUUAUGACAGCUUUAUUAACGAGAUGUAACAUAAAAUUCUUUUAUAACAUUCCAUUAAACAGUAUAUGAGGCAUUUGUAGUUUCCCAAGUUGGAAUUUACAUGUUCAGUAUCCAUUAACUAAAAUUUGCAUUUUUUUUCAGAAGUAUUACCAAAAAGCUACGAUAUGGUCCAGAUUCGUAUUGUACUCACGCACUCCGCGCAUCGUGCUUUUCUAAUAAGAUGCACACGCUCUUCCUACUGCAUGCACAUGUGCAUGAUAAUGUAAUACGAUAACUGUAAAAAGUCUGUGUAAAGCGUGUGUGUUCCAUCUUAUCUGUGCAUUACAUUUUCUUGAAGGUGAAUUGGGAAAAUGUUAUGCAUCUCAGUGUGUUCCAUAUACUGCUCGGCCUUCGGCCACGUGGCAUAUGGGAGACACACGCACCACAGCUCCUACGGCACAAAUUCCUAAGUAUUAAUCAAUGUCAUACUUUGGUAUAAAAAUGUGGAAAUGUAAUGGAAGAAAUGUAAAGAUCAAAAUACAUAUCGUUAACAAUUUACAUAUAUGCUCCAUAGAAUUGUUAUUGCUUAGAAAAAUAACUCUGUUUUAAGUCAAUUAUGCAUUGUAUCGGUACCUUUCAAAAGUGUGUGCGUGUUAAUGGUGUAGAUCGAGGCCACACACGUGCAACAUCAUCGAUGAAUCGAGGACAGGAACCAAAUCCAGGGCGACCUCGAUUAGAAAAUGUAUCCAAACCAAUGAGAGCUGUUGCAAAAAAGUUAGAGUAUAAACUAAAGGAAUAUGGAAGAGGAACAAUAGAAAAUCCUUGAUUUACACCAUGAAAAAAAUGUGUUCCUGUAUUGUAUUACGCUCGAGGACAGACAGCAAAAGGACCACAAAGGGACCAUUCAUCCUCGAACGACGGUGCCUAUUGUCCUCGAACGCCGGUUUGUGCACUAAGUCUAUGGGAAAGGUUUAGAUCAGGGAACAAAGGAAAACACAAAGCCAAUCCUCGGAAGCAUAGCAAAAAACAACUGUGUGUCUGUGAUUGUGUGUGUGUGCUGCUUUAAUUGUUAAAUACUAUUUUUCCAUGGUUUUGUGUUUCUGCUUUUAACAAACAAACCUACAGAAGUGUGUUUUUAAUUGGAUGUGUUUAAACUACAUGUUAUUAAUGUACUCUCAAUUAUCGAUUCUGAUCUAGUACAUAACGUUCUAGCACAACUUAUAUUACAUUGCAGGUACAUUCAAUAUUGUAAAUACCGUUAGCUGUACAGCGUCAUAUACAAUUGUAAAUAUAUAUAAUAAAUUACAAAAUAUGAGAAAUCUUAUUCAGAAUCUAUUGCAUGAAAGGCUGGUAUUGAGAUAUUAUGUGUGAACUAAAAUUCAAUUUAACAGUUAAUUCUGAGUGUUCAAAUUCCUUCCAUGAUGUAUGGCAAUAUACCGUUAUAUACAUGUACAUGUAUUCAUGUACUUUUUGUUGCAAAUGUUGUUAACUUAAGGAAAGUGAAUUUUCUGUUAAAUCCAUGUAUACAUAAAUGUUAAGCAUUACUAUGGUAAAAGACCCUUCUCAUCAUACAUAGCAGUCAUUCAACGCCAUUAGGUACGCAUGCGUGCAGUGUGCAAAAUGUUCUAAACAUUUUAAGCAUGUUGCUCGAAACUUCUUCGAAAUACGGCAUGAAAAGGUGACUCCCAAAACGCCGAUGCACGUGGCAAUCUGCUGGCAGUGACGUCAUUUGAGAGCUAUCUAUCCGAUUCGUUAGUGACUUCGCUAUACUAGGCGCGCGCAGCACUGAUUACUAGCGCCCAUUGGAUAAACACUCAAGUUGCGUUAACUUCUGGUUCCAGUGGUUCCAAUGCUACUUAAUGUGCAGUGGGCGUGGUUUAAACUGAACUGACGUCACACUAACGAACCUGAUAGAUGGAUCCAUUAAGCCCUGCCUAAAUGACGCUUUUGACCAAUCACAGUGGCAAUUACUGUUCAACAUGCGCGCAUAAAGUCUGCCAUGCGUGCACGUGCGUGUGACGCGUACAGCCGGAACAUGUAGUGUGGGAUUUUGAUUAACUGGUGCCUAAAUGGAUCAAGCAAUCAUUUGAGCGUUCUUAAAUUUAACCACUAUCCGGUUCGUUAAUAAGAAUGUCAUACACGCAAGCACACCACUGAUUACAAGCGACCAUUGGCUAAACACUCAAGUUGCGUUCCAUCGUGCUAUGCUACGUGUGAAGUACGCAUGGUUAUUAAAGUUGAGAUGACGUCAAACUAACCAACCGCAUAGCUCCGUCUUCUUCAGUAUUCAAGGAUUAUCAAAACUCAAUAACAAGUGCUCUCUUUAAGCCAGUAAGUAACAUGCUACAUUUAUUAAGAGACAAUGACAUUAUUCCUUCGUCAGUAUUCCCCUGUUAAUUGCUAAUUUGACUUGUGAUUCACUUGCGAUUGGCUCGUCUCAAACAUUAGAAAUUUUACGGAGAAAAAAGAUAUAUCUCAUACUAUAUAUGUAUACAUGUGUGAUAUUCUGUAUUAUAUUAAUGAAUAUAAUCUACGCAACAAAGUAAUGUAUAUUGAAAUGCAUGCUUGUAUAUUUGUAAAUAUGGAAACAGUGUAAAGAACAAAAAAACUAACUGUAGAACAAACAAAGUUGAUUCAAUAAUCUCCCUCAAAAAGUUGGGAAUUUUUUUUAAUGUAGAAAGAAAAACGCACAAGUAGUGAUGUGAAGGGCUGUAUUAAAGCGUUCAUGAAUCCAGCAUGGCAAACAUUCACACUUGAAUUUGCAAUUAACAUUAAAUUCUUUACUUUUCUGUUUGUUUUGUUUUAUUCAUUGUUUCAUAAACGGCAGCUUUAACAACAAAACGCAGAUUUAUUACAUUUAUUUUUGUAGUUUGGGAUGUUCUUGUAGCAAGCAGAUGUGUGAUGUAAUUAUUUGUAUUAUUUUUUUAACUAAACAUCAGGUACAUGUAGAUUUAUAUAACUUUGUCUAAAAAAGAGAAAAAGAGAUUUUAAAGUAUGGUUGUCAGCAAGUAGCUUUGUACUUAAAGGCAAAGAUUUAAGAAACUUUCUGUCCUCGUAAGCAUUCCAAGCCUGCAAUUUUUAAGUUGAAAAUUUAAGUAAACUAGUUGACUUUGGGUUUAAAUAAAUUAGUUUUCACUUUAAUCCCUGAUGACAUGUUAUA